AUGAAUCAGUUUACUGUUAAACUUUUCAAUGGAAAAAGAACCUUUACUACGCUUUCAAGUUUGUCGGAUGGCGACAUUUUGAAAAGAGAAUACACCUCUGUCAUAUUCCUCUUGCAUGGGUUCCCAGAUGAUAAUACGUCAUACAACGGAGUAUGGCCGACUUUAGCUAAGGAUUUCCCUCAGUCACUUAUACUUUCCCCAAUGAUGAGAGGCUAUGAACAGUCGAGUCAAGGUAAAGACUCUGAGUACUCAAUUUCAGAUCUCUCGAAGGAUAUUUAUGCCUGGAUAAACCAAGUUGUUCCGCCUGAAAAAAGAAGUACCAUACCCGUUCAUCUUGUUGGACAUGAUUGGGGUGCAAUUGCCGUAUUUAGGGCCUCCGCAGAUUACCCUGACUUGAUAGCUUCUGCUUCCACAUUAGCUAUUCCCUAUCUUGCAAAUAUCCCUCCAUAUGAGUUGAUUUGGAAAGUUCCCGAGCAACUUUAUAAUUCGAGCUAUAUGGUUACAAUGCAGCUUUCAAUUCUAUAUAAGUCUGCUUUAACUAACGUCGCUGGCUCGAAUAGCUACUUAGACAAUUUGUGGAGGUAUUGGUCUCCAACAUGGAAUUUUUCUCCAAAAGACAUUGCAGAUCUUAAAAAUACAAUUACACAACCAGGUGUAGCCGAUUCAAUUACAGGUUACUACAGAUGUGUCUUCAAUCCUUUUAAUUUAAGACAGUUGAAAUGGAGAGUUGAUUUUAAUAAAGUCCCUACUUUAAUUCUAGGCGGAGAGAAAGAUGGAUGUAUGAGUAAAAAGUUAUACAAUAUUGAAAUGGAAAAAUUUAAGAAUACGGCCAAUGUAAAAGUACAACUAUUGUCGAACUUGGGUCACUUCUUGCAAAGAGAAGACCCCCAAAAGGUUGGGGAGGUAAUUUCUGAUUGGAUUAAAAAUCAUUGA